GGGAGCAUUCCUCUGGCUCUGCAGAGUCUAUUUUACAAGCUUCAAUACAGCCAAACUAGUGUUGCGACGAAAGAAUUAACCAAGUCUUUUGGAUGGGACACAUAUGAUUCUUUCAUGCAGCAUGAUGUUCAAGAACUUAAUAGGGUUCUUUGUGAAAAGCUUGAAGAUAAGAUGAAGGGAACGGUGGUAGAGGGUACAAUUCAACAGUUGUUCGAAGGGCAUCAUAUGAAUUAUAUUGAAUGUGUCAACGUGGAUUAUAAAUCAACCCGGAAAGAAUCAUUUUAUGACCUUCAGCUUGAUGUAAAAGGCUGCAAAGAUGUCUAUGCUUCUUUUGAAAAAUAUGUGGAAGUGGAGCACCUUGAGGGCGAUAACAAAUAUCAUGCUGAACAGCAUGGGUUGCAGGAUGCUAGGAAAGGUGUUCUUUUCAUUGACUUUCCUCCUGUCCUUCAGCUUCAGUUGAAGCGUUUUGAGUAUGAUUUUAUGCGGGAUACUAUGGUAAAGGUCAGUGAUGGACUUAUAUCC